UCCGUUAAACCAACUUCAACAAUUGUCCAAUAUAUAACCUUUCCUAAUAGUCCGUAUAAUUUCAUUAAACUCGAACAGGAAAUUAUCCGUCUUAAAGUCCAAGAAUUAGCACCGCAACGAGAUAAAUUUAGUGCAAAAGUGGAAGCUUACCAGACCAUUCUUAUGAACAAUUUAGCCGAAGGAGAGCUUCAAAAACUAUUAAACAAACAGACAGAAGUCCUGAAAUUAGAAGAGCAUAUAGAAACAAAUAACAUUAUUACCGAAAGUACUAAAAAACGAUUGCGGAGUGAACUUUUUGAAAAGAAAGUUCUCCCGCCGGAACAUAAGUUUUCAAGUACACAUCGCGAA